UCAUAAGCUAAGCCUCUCCCUUCCUCAUACCUUCCUCUUUUGGUAAACAAAACCAGCUGUGCCAUUUCCUAUUAAGUAAGCCACUGCUCAGCUGCAGAUUGCAAUGCUGUUGUGGUCACGCUACCAUUUGCAGAGGGGGAAACUAAAGAUGUGACAGUGAAGAGUGGUGACACAUUGAAGCUGCUGACUGAUCCCUCUCUUAAACUGCAAGGUGACUCCCACAUCCUGUGGUACAUCCAGUUAAUUGGACAGAAAAAGGAGUCUAAGACGUCCACUGGAUCCCAAAACUCUGCUCACUACCAGAGGGCUCACCUGGCAUCUAUCUUAACUGCUGCUGCCUGCGUUGUGUUGCUCUUGUGAGCAGCUCAGUACGGAAAAUCUCAGGGAAAUGUGAGCCCGCCUUCCUGCCUAUGCAACCACCCAGUGUGUGAUCCUCAGCCAUCGGUGGAUACAGAACAUUAUCUCCCCUUCCCAUCAACGUGCUAAUUGAAAAAACUAUUCGCUAUGCACAACAUGCACUCCAGGACAUUCCACUUUUAGAGAUUGAUUGUGUUUUGUGGCCAUAAUGAGGCCUUAAAGUCAUUUCACUGUAUUUCUCCUUGCUGUCGUUUUCCAGUUGUGUUCUCAUCUCCUUCCUGAACACCAACAAUUAUGUUUUUUUUAUUUAAAAAUAUGGACCAAAGUUUUGAAUGUACGAAUAAUUGAAGAGAUUUUAGGAUGGUACAGCUGGUCAAGACACACUCAAAGAAAUGACCUAGGGCAUGUGUUUGAUUAGCAAACUAGGGAUUUGUUUACAUAAAAUGAAUUAAUUGUGUUUCGCUCUACUAAAUGAUUAAUUCUUGUUCAAAAAACGAGCGGUUAAUGUUAAUCUAGCGUGACUGUAUCGUGGGCAUUGUUGUUUUAAUGUCAGAGGAAGCACAAACUUUAGCGCAAGGCUUCGGCUUAAAUCAACAGACUCGCUUUUGUUGUCAGCCGGGGCUUCAUGGGUGACUGACGACUCCCACGCUUCUCCAGCUGCGUGUAUUUCAGUGAAGCGGGCUGAACACAUGAACUGAGAUAAGUUAAGAUGGAGGACAGCGGGUCUGUGGCAGCAGUUGCGUUAAGGUAACAACAAGAAGCAAGUUGAAUCAAUUAGAUAGUUCAGUCUGUAACCUAACAACAUUAGAACAUGUGGAGUAUGCUCGUUUCCUUGGAUUUUCACUGGUCAGUCGUGCCAUUCUUAAAAUGAUUCACUAUCUGUAUUUAGGUUAAUAUAAUAUUGCAUUUUUGUUUUAUUAACUAUAUGCUCCUCAACAUUAAGUUAAAUGGUCUGUGUCUACCUACAAAUACUGAAAUGUUUAUUCACAACAUAUGCCUAAAUAUUGCUUGAGGUUUUUAACAUUUUAAAACUGUUUCUCUUUUAUUAACCAGAAAUACAUCAGAAAUUCAGCAGUCCCCAUGCCUUGAGAUGUUUAUGUACCUCAUGCAGUACAUGUGACGUGUAUGUGGCAGUGCAAACAUUGUGUGGCAAGAGAGAGUAGUCUCCACAAUGACCCAGCCUAUGAGACUGAGGGUCAUCCUGGGUGACGAUGAUGCCAGAAAGCUAAUCCUGCCCGCAGGUAGACCAGGCUCCAUGGAGGAAUUGUACAAGACUAUAAAGAUGAGUUUUGGAUUAGAGCAAGAUUUCCGUCUUCAAUAUCAAGAUGCUGAUUUUGGAAAUGACUUCAUAAAUCUGUCAGAGAUCUCUGACAUUGAUGACAAAGCGACUUUAAAGGUGGUCUAUGUUGUGGCAGUCUACUUGCAAAAUUCUACAGAAGCUGACUCGAUGCUUCAACCUCUACCAGUCCAAAGCCUUACUGAUUCCUCAUCAGUCUCCUCGGUUGACACAGAUAAUACAGAGCCUGCUUCAUCAUCAGGGUCAUAGCUAUCUGCACGGCUGUUCAGUUGGCCAAGUGUUUUCACAGUGCCUCCCUUCAACGAUGAGUCUGAACUGUAACUUGAAACGGCCAAUGCUGAAUGCAGUGCGAAUGGAACUUAUUUGAGCCCGCCACCGAAGCUGAAAUCUCACAUGCUGGAACGACUGUCUGAAGAAAUUCUUAAAUUCAAAGCCUAUCCAACUGACAAUGAUCUUACUGACGUUGCAGAAGCACUUGUGAAAAAGCAUCCUUGUCUGAGGGAGCAAGGAUCCUUCAAUGGCUGUUAUGGGUGGAAGAUUAGCCUCAAAUACAAAAUGGCCAACUUCCGGUCCAAACUGAGGGGCCUGGGCUGUCCUGAGGUGACGAUAAAUUCACUAAAGAACAAGAACCAAGACAAGCGUUUGGCAGCCCUGAAUGUGAAAAAGCCGGGAGGGCAGAAGUUAAUUACUGUCCUCAGCAUCCAAAAGGAGAAACCGCUGAGAGUCUGGAGAAGGUGUAAAUUACAAUACGAAUGGAACUUAUUUGAGCCCGCCACCGAAGCUGAAAUCUCACAUGCUGGAACGACUGUCUGAAGAAAUUCUUAAAUUCAAAGCCUAUCCAACUGACAAUGAUCUUACUGACGUUGCAGAAGCACUUGUGAAAAAGCAUCCUUGUCUGAGGGAGCAAGGAUCCUUCAAUGGCUGUUAUGGGUGGAAGAUUAGCCUCAAAUACAAAAUGGCCAACUUCCGGUCCAAACUGAGGGGCCUGGGCUGUCCUGAGGUGACGAUAAAUUCACUAAAGAACAAGAACCAAGACAAGCGUUUGGCAGCCCUGAAUGUGAAAAAGCCCGGGAGGGCCGAAGUUAAUUACUGUCCUCAGCAUCCAAAAGGAGAAACCGCUGAGAGUCUGGAGAAGGAAAGAGUCGCACUGCUUUCAGAAAAUAAGAACAACAACGACCAUAUUGUGACAUUGACAAUGGAGAAGACUUUCUCAUACAGGAGGCAAGAAAUCCUUACAGGAGAGCCUUUGGUUGCAGACUUCAAGAGUAGAUGGCCAGCUCUGUUCAAUGCGAAAGAGAUCGAUAAGGAGUUCCAUCGCAUAUCAACUGUACCUCUACUUUCUACAUUCUUUGCUGCUCUCGACCAGUUCUCUCCAUGCCUGAUGGGGAUAUUUCGGUGCAAAGGUGGAGCACCUGGAAGAAGAAUAAGACACGUCAUGGUGGAUAUUUCCAAGGAUGACACAAUUCAUACAAGACAUGCAUGUGUCCUCAAGUCCUUGUGCAUCUACUUGAACGAAGACCCAGAGAAACUUGUUAAGGAUUAUAUGAACACAGACAGCGAGGUCUGCGCUUCCAUGGACCAGACUGUGUUGGGAGUGUAUGUCAUACAGAAGGAGGGUGCGGAGCCUGGAGAUGACCCAGAGGACAUCGGUAUCCUGAUUGAAGGUGUGAAGAUCCUCAAUGAGUUGGGCAACAUUGGGAUUGCCUGUGCUUUGUUAUUUGGACUAAUAUACUGUCUAAACCUGAGCUACCCACCAGACCUCAAAUGUACUUUUGAAGUGAUGCAGAAGAUUCUUCUGAAUCUGGAUGGGCAGAGGUUGCCGUCCAAGGCACAGUUCCUAAAAAAUAAGCUCAUGGAGUAAAUUUGCUCUAAGUAGACGUCAACAAUGCAGAUUUUUUUUUUGCUUUAGUUGAAAAUGUUCAGAAGGACUUGCCUUUAGUAUGCUCAACAGACAGAGACCAAGAAUGUCGUCUCAGCUUAAAAUGUGUUUGCAAGCAGUCUAGUGUAGCUGUUUGUUCCUGGUCUCUUUCUGCAGUAAGACUGUAAGAACUUGAAAUGACAGUCAUACACUUACUGAAAGAUUGUAUAAUGAUGUUUAGUAGUGUUUAAUGUUUUGAUGAGAAAAUGUUUUAGAUGCAUUUGGGGGAAAAAUUUAUAUUAAACUUUAACACCUUACAUGAGGAAACCCCACCAAGUUAAAAAUGUUUAACAUGUCUAAGGUAUUUCUGCUUAUGUGAAGAAAACAAUAUACUUUUGGGGCUCCAGAAGAAGCUGUAUGUUAUAUGCUAAAAAUGUUAUUCAGUAGCAAAUUGCUACAAUUGCAUUGUGGGUAAUGCAGUCAAAAGGUUUAUCAACACCAAAUGUUCAAUAAAAUGUCAAAUGAA